UCAUCGUUUGUUAUUUUAGUGCCCAGUGUUACAGUGUGUGUAAGUGCUAUACCCGGCAGGGAAUCCCGAACCUUAGUGAUUCCCGGUUAUCUUAGGCCUUAGGCCGUAGAUCAUGUAAGGAUAUUUCUUUGUUCAGAUAAAACUCUUUCAAACCAUGACAAACAAGUUGAAAUCACCUAAAGAAUGCAAUCAUGGCAAUCGAACAAGUACGCGUCGGCAAGUAGCAUCCGGCCCGAUAUCUCGCCAAAUAAUGCAUACAUCGAUUACAAUGCAAACAAACCCAAGUCGCAAAGCUGCUGAUAUCACGCCCCAUCGAAACCCAAUAAACUGUGCGCAGUCGUGGUUUGAGUGCGAUCUGUAACGGACAGAAGCUUGCGAUUUAAAGAACCAGUCACCUCAACACGUGUCAAUUUCAAAUGGCUACAAUGUACAAAACAAUGCAAACGGCUAUUCUCGGUGGAAACGUUGAUCAAUUAAAGGAGAUUUGUACGCGCAACAGCAACGAUGCGGAUUGUGAUGCGCAAUUGUCUCGUGCGUACGCCGAAUUGAAACAUCGUAACAUACCCUUAUCGGACGAAAUGAUACACUUUGUCGAGUACGAGCUGGUGAAGGCAAGCUAUCGGAACGCUGCAAUUGCUUAUCAAGGCGGCGAAAGCAGCUCCACCGCCAAGAGCACGGAUGUAGCGCAGCAGCGCAUUGCGCACAUGGUGAAGUGCAUUGAUCUGAUCGUGUGCCAGCACCAGGUGGACUCGUACACAGAUGUGGAUGAUCUGCUGGUGCUUCGUUUGCGACAUGUUUACGCGCAUGUGUUCUUUCUGAAAACACACCUACGCAGACUGCCACUGCUGCAGAUGCAGUUUUGUAUUGCCGUUUUCUUAAAGCUGGUUACGGGUCAAGCGAUCAAUGGGUUCGAAAUUUACGCCUUUACCAUCGACAUAGAACGACUGAUUCGCUUUUUAAAACUGAUUCGAAAUGCCUUGACCAAUGAACAGAAGCCGGCGAUCGAUCUGCAAUGUUACGUACAAUAUGUUCAACAAGUAUGGCAUUCUUCUGCCGGAAAGCAGCUCUCUAGCGUACCGAAACGCAUUCGCACUUACAUACAGAUGCAGUUAAACAGUCUUAAACUCUCCAUAUUGGAGAGCUUGGAAAAGGAUAUUGCGUUUGAAAAAUUUCCACUGCCCGUGCAGCAAACGCUAAAAGCUCAGUAUGAGAAAACUAUCGAUUGGGAUCAUCGAAAGCGAUCGAGAGCAACGUUUAAAGAAUUGUACGAAACUUACUACAUCAUGAAGCAACACUUUUCCAUCCGCAAGGUGCUCACGUACAUCGACGGCAUCAGGGAAGAUGCCUGCAGUGAUCCUCCGCACAUGCACCGGCCCAUUCCCUCGCCGGUACGUAUACGGGCGAUUAAACGUACACUGCAAGUGAUCGGAGAGAUGAUCAAAAGUACGCGCGAGUCGCCCAACAUCACGGUAAAACUCGAUCGCAUCCUGCAGCUGAUCACGUCGGAAGUGCUGGCCGAGCGAACUAAAGAUUUGAGGCAAUUCUUUAGCCAUGGCUAUUCGCUUGCCAAACUAGAAUUGGAAGCAGAAAGCUGCGAUCAGAUCGGGUUGGUGUUUCAGAAAAUAGAAACUAACCUACGAGAAGCUCGCCGGUGGUUUGUGUACACACAGACGCAACAGAAUCUACUCAUUUACCGCCGCUAUUUGGCGUACUUGAAGAGCUUCAAAACAAUCGAAGCACUGCGCAGCUACAUCGCUUUCGUUGGCACGGAAUUCAAAGGCAAACUGAUAGAAACGUUCCGCCCCGAGCAGCUGACCGAAGCUAAGCUGUUGAUACAGCACAUGCUAGACUCUUCGAAGCCUUCCGAGCUGCUUAACACAGCGACCCGAACCGAUCUGAAGUACAUCAGCAAAGAGCUACAGCUCCGCAUCGAUGUGAUACGCGCAGAGAACGCAACGCUCGGGCGCACGAUCGAUGAAUUUUUCCUGCUGGAAUGUUAUAUCCGCCAACCGUCGUCGUCACUGGGGCGCGUACGACAAAUCGCCGACUGGAUACUAUCCCGCACCGAACUUGCUAAGCGCCACAAGCUGGUGCAGAAAACGGAAUUGAUGUACGCUCGGGAGCUGUUGGCGCAUCUACAAAUGUGUGAAACGGAUGAAACGCGACGCUACAUGUGGGGCGCCAUCUGGACACGGCUGGCUAAGGAACAGUUCAGUGGGUUGAUACACUGCUAG